AUGGUGUCGACCACUGGAAGCUAUGAAAUCGCCAACAUAACCUUCUUCGGCGCCUGUCUUCUCCCGACCUUAUUCUUCCUCGGCACCGGGGGCAGGUUCGGAAUUGGAUGUUGGUUGAAUGCUCUUUUGGCCAUCUGUUUUCGCAUCAGUGGCCACGCGCUCUCAUAUCAGGCGUUAAGCACGCCGAAGGGAUUCAACACGAUCGGAAUCGUCUUGAAUGGCAUCGGCAUGUCACCAUUAACGCUUGCGGUCGGAGCUAUGCUUAGCAACGCCAACACGUCCAUCAAGCCGAGGCUUCCUUUACCGGCAAAAGCACUGGGGACUUUGGUUUCCACUAUUUUGAUGGUUGUGGGCAACAGUUUCUCGUUAGCCGGCAUGAAGAACCACCCCCUUCUCAUCGCGGGUGUGUGGAUGGAAUUCGCGGCUUGGGUGAUUAUUUGUGGAAUGACCAUCACGGUUUGGAUGCACAAGGAGAACAACAACCGCCGCCCCGAGGAAAUGCAGGUACGAAGAUUUCUUACUGAUUGCGGCCUCGAUUGCGCUCCCAUUGAUCGGCGUUCGUGUUAUCUCUUUCCUAAUCAUCGCAUUGAAGGAGGGGAAUAUGCCUUCAUUACUGGUGGAGGUGUGGCGUAUGAGGCGUUUCUAGGCACUUUGCCGGAAUUCCUCACGAUGCUUAGCCUGCUUACCGGCGGCCUUUUGACUUGGCAGCUGGGCUCUAAGCGCCGGGCCGAGCGUAAGGCUAAGAAACACGGCGAUGAGGCCGAAGGGCUGGUGUACAAGGGCGAAGAUGAUGACCACGAGGACACGAUGUACCACGGUGCAUCGAUGUACAGAGACCCCUAUACUCACCCGAUGGAUCGAACUGAUAACGUGUCCGAUGUCUCUGUUUAG